CGCUGAACGGGUAUGGUGCCGCCGUGGUGGACAUUGACAAGGUGAGUGGCAGCUGGGUGGUGGAGAAGGUCACUCAGCAGUUCCCAUACAUCUGUAAGAAGAGUAGAGGGGCGUGUGUACCAGGCUGGGAAUCCCACGGCCACUCCUGCUACUACUUCAACACGGAACCUGACGACAUGGUAGUCUGGGACGACGCCAAGAGCACCUGUGAGGCUGUCGGGGCGUCGCUGGUGGUACUUGACGACGAGACAGAGGACAGGUUCUUCCGUAACCACAUGCCGGAGACGGACACACUCUGGAUUGGUCUCUUCAGUGUGCCCGAGGAUCAGUUUUACUGGACGGAUAACACCACCAUGGCCAGCAAGAACUUCACUCAUGUCUCGGACGAAAACGAGGACGCUGCUCUUCAUGCUGACGAUAACCGGUGCGUCUUCCUCCAGACUGAAGCCAUAGGGCACGAUGCUCCAGUCUCCUCUUGGAUGCCAAUCGACUGCAAGGAGCCCCGACACUACGCCUGUGAGAUACCCGCAGGGGAGACUGUCCACCUCAUCUCUCCCUCUAAUGAACGGUAUUGCCCUGAGGGAUGGAGCAACGAGUUUGACCAUUGUUACAUGUUCUCGGAGGAGGAGAAGACGUGGACGGCUGCCCAGAGGGAGUGUCAGAGUCAUCAGGCCCACCUUGUCUCCGUGGCUACCUGGGCCGAGCAAGACUACGUUUUUAACCACCAGGGAGGUGGAGGGUGGCUGGGCCUCAACGAUCGGGCAUUAGAGGGGUCAUGGGUGUGGAGUGACGGCACCAGUGUUACCAUCACCAACUGGAAUGAAGGUGAGCCGAGCGGAGGAGACAAGAACUGCGUGGAGAUGAUAGACUCGGCAGGCAAGUGGAACGACGUGAGGUGUGAACAGGAGCGCCCCUUUAUCUGCAAGAGGAAGGCUUCCGACACACCCAUCUACCCUGUGACAACCACCACAGCUAAGCCUGACUACUCAAACUGUGGAUGGGACUGGACGGAGAAUCCAGUUAGCGGGGAGUGCUACCGCUUCGAGCUUCAAGAACUAACUUUUCGUGACGCUCAUCUCCAGUGCCGUGAGCUGGACCAUCACCACGACGAUGAGAGACCUGAGCUAAUCUCCUUCACUACUGCCCAGGAGCAGGAUUUCAUUGAGAAGCUGGUGUCUGAGCAGCAGCUAAGUCAGUCUACGCUCUGGAUCGGUAUGAAGAACGACAUUGAUGGGAACAGGUGGUUGGACGGUACACCUGUUGGCUUCUUCAACUGGAACUUCGGGGAACCCAAUGGUGUUUACGUCGAUUACUGUGUAGAGAUGUACACGUACGGUGGCAAGUGGAAUGACGUGGGGUGUUCGCAGCGUCGGGCUUUUCUUUGUGAGAAGAAAG